ACAAUUGGUCAAACAUUUACCGUCGUAACUCCACUGCUGCUGGAACACACGAGAUAAAAAUGGGCAGAGAUUAAUGCCUUUGAAACUGCUUUCAUUGUGGCACUGGAUCAUCGUUUACUUGUUGAAAUCUCUUCAAAACGGAUAAGAGUUGGAUUUUUGCAAUAAUUGCAUUGACUAUGCGUUCAAAACUUGCUGUUCAACGUGUAGAGAUGAUUGCUUCUAACCGCAACAGUUUUUGGUAUGGAAGAAAUUAGUAUCUUUGCAACAGGAAUUAAAUGUUCACAGGGUAACAACAUUUUAUCUUCAGCGGCCUUGGGUGCGGAUUUUUUUUUAACGAGUGUUAUGUUGCUGUUUCUGUUAUAAAUAAAAGUGUCCAUUGAAUUUGCUGAAGAUCCCUUCCACUUCUGCAACACUUCCUGCUGCCUCCUAUCAGGAGUUAACAUCUUAUUUGGGCUCCUACGUGUGAUUUGAUCCAUGCCUCUUCCUGCUGCCUGCCAUUGACUGAUCUCCAUUGGUGUAAAAGAUAGUUCCAAAAAGACGUGUAUCCUGGGGCUGCAAUUCAGCAGGUAAUUGGAAGGUGUGCAGAACGUGCAAGUGAGUUAUCAGUUCAAGUGACCGACUCAAGGAACCAAAAUUUGUGCAUCUUCGCCAGUUGGACCAUCUUCCUCUUCAGUACUUGUGAUGUUGGAGUAAUCAAGUACAGUUAUUUCUGGAUAACUGGAUUUUUCAACUUUUGACAACCCUACAACUGCCACACAAUGAGAAGACAUAAUAUGACACUUGUUACGUUAUACAUGAUUCUUCAUCUGCUUCGGCUUUCGCAUUGUGACCAUGUUAUUCCAAGGACUGUGUGGAAAUAUGGAGAAGUAUCUUUGGUCACUUUCUCUGCCACUGGGGUGUCAAAUUAUUCCACACUGUUGCUUAAUGAAGAUCGAGGAGUGUUGUAUGUGGGUGCCCAGGAAGCCAUCUUUGCUGUGAACAUGUCAGACAUUUCAGAUAAAAAACAUGAGGUCUACUGGAAAGUCUCAGAUGAAAAACAAAGUAAAUGUGCUGCUAAAGGGAAAUCCAAAGAGACUGAAUGUCUGAACUACAUACGAAUCUUGCAUGAAUUUGACGAUGAAACCCUCUAUGUCUGUGGGACUUUUGCAUUUCAACCAACUUGUGAUUACCUUUCACUUAAGGAUUUUAGUCUGCAACAGAGAAAUGAGGAAGGCAAAGGCAAGUGUCCAUUUGACCCUGCUCAAAAAUACACUUCCAUAAUGGUUGAUCGUGAGCUUUAUUCGGGAACAGUAUACAAUUUUCUAGGAAGUGAGACUGUCAUUCUUCGGGGUCAUUUAAGGACAGAAUAUGCAAUACCCUGGUUAAAUGAGCCAAGUUUUGUCUACUCAGACGUGAUAAGAGAGAGUGAAACUAAUUUGGGCGGUGGUGAUGAUAAGGUCUACUUCUUCUUCACUGAAGUGUCAAUUGAAUAUGAGUUCUAUAGCCGAAUUCUAGUGCCAAGAAUAGCUCGAGUGUGCAAGGGUGACCAAGGAGGAUCAAGAAUUCUGCAGAAAAGAUGGACGUCAUUUCUUAAAGCUAGACUGGUCUGUUCUCUUCCCGAGUCUGAUUUCGUCUUCAAUGUCAUUCAGGAUGCAUUUGUUUUGAAAACGCCAAAUUGGAAGGAGACCGUGUUUUAUGGUGUAUUUACAUCACAGUGGAGUAAUUUGGAAGUGUCAGCAGUUUGCAGCUUUAACAUGUCGAAAGUGGAGGAUGUUUUCUCUACAGGGAAGUUCAUGCAAGGUGCCACCUUUGACCAGUCCCACGUAAAGUGGGUCAGAUUUGGAGGAACGAUUCCAUUGCCACGUCCUGGCUCGUGCAUAACCAAUGAGGCAAGAGCUUUGAAUUUCAGUAACUCUCUCAUGUUGCCAGACAAAACUCUCCAGUUUGUUAAGGAUCACCCUCUGAUGGCAGAUACAGUUAACCCCAUUGGAAAUGCCCCUAAAUUGGUAAAGAAAAAUGUCAACUAUAUACAGAUUGUUGUGGACAGAGUUAGAGCACUUGAUAACCUCCUGUAUGAUGUCAUGUUUAUUGGUACAGAUAAAGGAUUGUUGCAUAAAGCAGUUAACUUUGAUAAUGAAAUGCAUAUAAUUGAAGAACUGCAUAUUUUCUCUGUUUCUGAGCCUGUACAGACAUUACUCUUGUCCAAAGAGGACAGAAGGUACAUCUAUGCAGGGUCUCAUUCAGGAGUUGUUCAAGUUCCUGUCGCUUUCUGUGAAAAAUACAAAACCUGCACAGAUUGCAUUUUGGCAAGGGAUCCCUAUUGUGCGUGGGAUCCCCAAAAUAAAAGCUGCAUCUGGAUUAUGAAGAACAAUGACCAUAAGAAUAAUUUGUUGCAGUUUCUGAAUGGAAAUGCAACUGUGUGCAGAACCAAAGAUGUGGAAUCUGUGUCAUCUGAAGAGCACAUAGUGGAACAAGGAGGAUUGAAAGAAUUGAAGUGCCUUCCUGCAUCCAGACUUGCUAAAGUUAUGUGGAAGUUAAAUAACAGAGCUCUUAGUGAGAAUUCAAAAUAUCGACUUGAUCAAAACAAUCUGCUGAUUUUUCAUCUUACUGAAGCUGAUUCUGGUACCUAUGAAUGCUGGACAAUGGAAGCUGUGAAGGGAGAUGUCUACAAACAGCUAGUGAAAAGGUAUUCUCUGAUCGUUGAGGGUCCAUCCAACGUGAUAACUGCAGCUCCAACUGCACCACUUACUCAGAUGGAAGGUAAAUCUGCAACAUCUCUGGCAAGCACAGAUAAAGAAAGGAGGUCUCCUCACACAACCACAUCCCGGAUUCAAACUGAGGGUUCCACUUCAACAGUAUUCCAAGGUUCAGCUGGCACGGCCUCAGUCCCCAUGCUUAUACCUACAAAUAAUAAUGAUUUAGAAGUAGAAACUGAAAUUGUCAGAAGGGCUUCUGAAUCUGAAGGAAUUAAUAGCAUUUUGUUGUUUUUCCUUGUGGUAAUUACACUUCUAUUCCUAAUGCUAGUUACAUAUAAUUGCUACAUGAAAUAUUUGCCAGGACCUUGCCUGAAACUAUGCUUGUAUAAAGUUGGCAAUGGGAAGAAACCAAAAUUUGAUUAUGAUAAUGUUUCUGAGGAGCUUGUAAAACAACAGUCAGUGAAAAUCAAUGGAGAUAAUCAAGGUAGUGAGCAGAUUGCAACUGGCGACAAGGGUUACGAAACUGAAUCGGACUGUGGGAAUGGCAAAAUUCCUAAUGCAGAGAAGCCUCAAGAGCUAAAGCAAAUCCAGGAAAACUACUCCAUCAAAUCUAUUGAUCCAGAGAAAGAUGCAGAUAUUAAAUACAUUGAUGAGGAAGCACAGAGUCUUUGCUAGCAGUUGGCCACAAAUGUACAGCUAAAAAUGGGAGAAUAGGAAGUUUUUAAGAAAUAGUCCAGAUCAUGAAAUGCUAUAUUAAAAAUUGUUGCAGUAGAUUACAGAAAUUCUUUAAAAAUGUUAAAAGUGAAAAUCACUUUCUUGUAUUCAACCUGCAUUAUAUUCAGCAGUCUCUGAUUAGAAUUCAUGUUUUUAAUAUGUAGGUAAUUUGUAGUUCAUUCCAAAUUGGAAAUUAUUAAUUUAUCAAAUUGGUAAAUCUCAAAGUACUGUCCAAAUUGGAGCAUGAAUCUUUUUUGCAUACACUGUAUAUGUAAUAUUUUGUAUUGCACUGAAAUUUGAGUAAUAUUCUGUUAGAGAUAUUUGUAGCUUAUUGCUGUAUCUAAUGUAGGUUGAUGCCUUUGUUCCUGCUAACAUUGUACUCCUCAGGGAUCAGACAGUGAAUCGUAGAUUUGUGGGCUUUCUUUAACUUGCCUCAUGAAAAUAGAGAAAAGACUAUGUUACAUUGAUGUGUCUUUUUGUGUCUAACUUUAAACAAUGUAUAUAUGUUACAAUGAAGCACGGGGUCUCCAGGCCUUUGAUUCAUAGAAGUAAUGCAUUUUAAAAGAAAAAUGCAUUGUUAAAGUGCUUUUACUGAGCCAUGGCCGCAGCAUAGGGCCUAGUUGAAAAGACUUUCCUUAUCUGUGGAAAAGUAUUGCUACUCAACUGAAUAUUGUGGCAAUUGUUGCAUUGUUACAGAGAUGACCAUUUCUAACUGGUGUAGUAUGAAUCAAAUCGUAUACUGUGGACAAAAAUGAAAAUUACUAGCUGGCUACAUCCUUUGCAAAGUUAUUGCUGUUUGGCUGUGUAUUUUGAAAGGCCUGAUCUGAUGGACCUAGAGGACUGACAGAAGUGCAUGGCAAUUAUGUUUUGCUGCUACAUAUAUUGAAUUGUUUUAGUAACCCACUGAACUGCUAUAGAAAAUAAGAGCAACGGGUGCAAUUAACCAGCUUUCUAAUCUCCUGUUGGAAUGGCAGCACUAGACACUUGUAUUUUAAAUUUAUGUAUAGUAAGCAUUUCAUUUUCUGGGAUCAUUAUCUGCUAAUGUGUAUAUAUGCAAAAGGAUGUUCCUUUUGAAAUUCAUAUUCAGCAAAAAAGUUUUGGAAGGUUUUAUGUGGAGUUAGCAUAGGGAAAUUGUUCUAUAUACUACAUUUAGUGGUAUAAAAAGAAUUGAGUAUAAAGCUGUUUUUAUUUUUUUUAAAUAGUAAACAGGAAUUAAGGGCUACAAAGAUACUGUCACAUUUUACAGAAAUAACAUUUGACUGAGGUGUGUGUGCGCGUGUUCAAGCAUGUGUGUCUGUUUCUGUUCUCAAUCUGCUGUGCAUUCCAAAAUUUAUGGAGCCCUUAAGUGCCACUACUUCUGUCUGACUCAGUCCAUUUAUCUGUUACCCCGUAAUGCAUGACUGAUCUUCUUUGUAGCAUUUUUAUCUUUGGAACUCUGUUCGCUUUGUGCCUUUUCUGUCUCACAGCUUCUCCUGUUUUACCUUUCACUCCUACUGGUCCCACCUCCACCUGUUGGGCAUGAUCCACCACCUUCCCUUGCUUUUACCCUGUCUGAAGGGUCUUCUCAUGAAUGGUCCCGUGCAGUUGUCCAGCUAUUGCCACCGCUGCUCAGCGACCAGACAAACACUAUUUGUAGCCCUGGAUCUGUCCAUCUCUUCUGUCAAGCUAUUGGUGAGUAACAGGAGUGUAUGUUUGUAUAUUAGAUGAGGGGCAAGGAAAGCCAGAAUUGACCUUAUUAGUGCUGCAAAUUACUUUUAUUCUCCUUACCAAGGAAGAGUGGUUUAGAUGUAAUAACUGUAAAUGCAAAUUUAACAUUUUAUGAUUUUUGAAAGUCCAGAGCCAGUUCCUGCAAUUGUUGGAUUUCCUGUACAGUAAUGUAAAGAGUUUUAUUAAGGACUUGGUAUGACUUUCCUUGUUUUUUUUCUUUCACUUUGGCCAAUAGUUUGUGAAAUGUGGUAAUGUUUGUGUAAUUGUCAUUUUGAAAUAGAUUUUUUUUAACCAAAU